GACCUCCUAUAGAUGCCUCUAUGAUCUCUUCCUCAUUCUUUUGAAGUAGGAUAAGAGGUUAUAUUGACAUACAAGUAAUGCGGCAGAGGUUACUAGUGAUACAAGUGGAUUGCAGAUUUUAAAAUGGGUCUAACAGCUGUAGAAAGUAACCUGUGAUAUCAUUGACAAAUCGAAAUGCAUAGUGGGAAGAACAUAGUUGAUUUUUCGUUUUGUUUUCAAUACGAUAGACAAUUUUGGAUUCCAAUUAUAUUUUUGUUGUUACAAGUCAUUGGUUCAAACUGUUGGCCAUCGUAUCGAUUUAAUAUUCCUAAUGGAAAUAUUGUUCCAAAUCCGUGUAAUCCAACCGAAAUGUGGACGGCUGUAGGACAUGGAAAACCUAAAGUGUUUGCACCAAGAAAUCCUUUUGGAGAAGACUUCUUACGAAGUAGAAUGACAUGGACCAGACAACUUUGUAUGAUGGAUUCUGAUGGAGAUGGUCGUACGAAUGGGGAGGAGCUCGGCGAUCCAACAUGUGAAUGGCAACAAAAAAAUCAUACACCUUUAUCAAAGACAGUUUCACAUCCAGGAGUUUGCGAACCGAUAGGUAGUCCAGUAUGUGCACAGAAACCGAAUAAUUAUGUAUGUCCUGGUCAGAGAAAUCUUGAUUGUCCUUCGUUUGCAAGGAAUGAUACAGAAAAGUUACAUAUCAAUAUGACUAAUGCGCAUGUUCCAAUAAAAGCAUCAUCAUAUGUAUGUUUAGAAGUAAGAUUACCAUUUGACCAGGAUUAUCAUCUUCUUGCUGCAGAACCAAUCAUAGACCAGUCCAAAAUAGUGGACCAAAUACAGAUAUUUGCCUGUGAUUCUGGUCUUCACUCCCGAGUGUAUAACCAUCCAUUUGAGUGUGGCGAGAAACCCCGUGGAGAUUGCCAAAGUCUAAUAGGUGGUUACUCAAGGCAUGAGAAUGGAAUUUGUUUCCCGCCUAAAUCAGGUUAUAGAAUAGGCGAGAAUGGGUGCAGGCAAAUGAUUUUCCAGAUAAGAUAUAAAAACCCAUAUUUGAAUCCAGCACUGUAUGACAGCUCAGGGAUAACUUUGUACUACACUAGUUACCUUCAACGUUUUGAACUUGGAAAUAAAUUGAUUUCGGUUACCCAUUUUACACUACCUACUGGACAGAAAACAACCACAAUAACAUCUGAGUAUCCUGGAGAAUGUUCUACCAUGCAAAUGUCCAAACCAAUAUAUAUAACAGGUGCAUUCAUUCAUAUGCACAGCUAUGGCCGUCAACAGAUCGUUGAAUUAAUAAGAGACGGCGUUCCUGUUGAAGUCAUAGCCGAUGGAACCGGAUUCAAAGCACAUAAUCUAAAGGGAACACAUCUAAAAAAGCCCAUUCGAAUGUUUCCUGGUGACAGUAUAAGGACGGUGUGCUGGUAUGACACUACAACUGCGAAGACACCAAUCAAGUGGGGUUUACUUUCAACCAAUGAAAUGUGCUCAACAAGUCUCAUGUACUAUCCACGAGAUGAUUGGUUGGAUGCCACUGCUACUUCCUUCAAGGAGAUUCCUCUCUGCAAGCUGCAGACGACAGGGGAAGCAAACGGUUGUCAUUUUGGUCGUUUGUUUGAUGCUGUUCGUCAACCAGACGCCACUUCAGUUGCCUUGGACCACUGCGCCGCUGAGAAAAUUUGCACCAAUGCGUGUGCUUCAAUAGCAUCAGUUGCGUUCACUCAUCCAUGUCUUAGGGGAGACAACUAUGAAUUACUACAAUCCCGACUGACAAGAAAGUUCGAAAGUUUGAAAAAUUUUAUGGAUGCUUUAAAGCUAUGUCGUGUGGAAUAUAUUAAUAAUACAAAUGUUCAGGAGACAAUUACUACUACGACAGAAAUUCCACCUACCGUUCAUUCAAACAUUGAUUUAUCAAAUUUUCAGAUUCCAACAGGUGGGAAGACUCAGUUCAACAACCCAGGUAUUCCAAUACCAUUUCAAAAGACUAGACAAAGCACAUCAAGAAUGGGUUCAAUGCAAAAUCGACGAGUACGUCCUGUCAGGACAAAUAGUCCAGUCAGGACAAACAGUAUACAUCCACAACAUGUUAUAGAAGCAAUAGAGUUAAAACAACAAUCAGAAAAACGUUUAACUCUUGCUCAUAUACAAUCAGUGCCUUCAAGACGUAAUUCAGUUAGAGCAACCCCAUUUCCAACGCCAGUAUUUCCAAAACAAAUAAAUAAGAGUGGGACAAGAACUUUUUCAUCUCAGGGAGAACAGAACGUCCCUUCUUUAGCACCCAGGGAUCCUUUAGUAGCAAAGUUGGCGAACUUAAUCCAUACAAUGCACAAUCCAUCAAGCGCGUAAUCUCUAAAACGUUUAUCCUACAUAUUAAACUUUGAUGUUCGGCUUAUUAUGAUACUAAUUGGGCUAUCUGUCUAUGACUUAUAGUUAACAUGAGGAGUUUUAUUUGUUGUUUAAUAAAAUAGAGAAACUACAAAACAAAACAAAAAGCCCUAUAUCUACCAAUGAAAACUGAAAACGAAAACUCGAAAGGACAAUACCAGUUUCAUAAACAAACUUGAGAAAACCAAAAUAAAUUACGAAUGUAUUAAAG